AUGAAUUCGCAUCCAGCACCGGUGAUGUCAUGGACAUUUCUCAACGCAUCCACUCUCAACUCGUCUAAGCCUAUCUCAUCUCGUGGAAACGCAUCCGUACGGUAUCUUCAAACCCGUUAUCACUUUAUCAAGAGGCGGGCGGGGUCAUUCUUCUGCAAGGUAGUUAACCUCGACAUCUUCAAACUCUCAGUCUACGGCGAGGUCGUCGUACCUGCAACACGACAGGCUAACUGGGAAGUGAUCAUGUAUCAACAACUGAAGCUCGUUCCUUCCUUACCAAUGACUCAACUGCCUACACACCUCUGA